AUGUCUUUUUUUCAAGUGGAUCUGAGUCCCGCAGAGGAGCGACAAGAACAAAGAGGCCGGGAUUUUCAUGAAUCAUCGCGGAAACGUAUGGACGAUACAGCUGUAGCAAUGGAUGGUUUGAAAUAUGGGGUGGACGCGACCCUGGGUAGGGGAAGUCGCACAUCGAUCGUGUCCAAGGAAGAAGCACCUACCAGAAGCGGGGUAAGCGGGGUAGGUCCGAAUUCGGAGACGGGCAUUGCAUCUACGGCUGCAUCAUGGGAUUUUCCAAUGUUUGGUCCAGCGGUGGGGAGUAUUACGCCGAGUGUAACAAAAUCGCAUCCAUCCAGUCUCUUUCGUCGCUUCACAUCUGGUGUUGUCUUUCCUGAAGAUCUGACGGAUUCCACGACGCGAGGCCCGCUUUGGAACUUUUCCUGGAAUGUAUGGCGAAAGGUGCUGAUGAUGAAGUUUGAGGAUACGGAACGGGAAAGGGAGUAUGAACGAUGGUUUUGGGCAACGUACCAUCGACGGUGGGCUGGAGUCGGACUAUUGAUGGGAUCGGCCGUUGUUUGUGUGUAUGCGCAAUAUAUUGUGCUUGCAUUCGUCUCUGAUUCUCGAGGGUGUGCGGCGUUGACCCACGGAUGGUGUCCAUUGGAGAGCAACUCGGGCAAGCGAUACAACUGGCUAGCUGAUCUACUCUUUCUUGUACUCGGCAAUGGCAUUCCGUUCGGUAUAUUGUUCGUCGCUUACCGAUACGCACAUGCGGACGUGAUGAGUCGCAUAUGCCAGCAGCUUUUCUGUACGGCCAUGAUCAUCUGCGUUGUCCAAAACUACAUCUUGAGACCCAAAUUCGUUGAUCCUGAAGGCGACAUUUGGAAUUACGGCCUUCUCAAUUUAAUUUGCGUCUUUGCUAUUCCAUCCAUGGCUUGCUUUCCAGCUCAUAUGACCCUACUAUUUGGAAUCAUCGAUGUAGCAUGCUACGCCGGAAUUUUCUGGGAUCGCCUCAGCGCUCAUAAUUCCUUGUCAUAUAUAUUCAUUCUAUGGUAUCUCGUAGUUGGGACAGCGUUUUCAACGUGGAUCACCCGGGUAGUGGAGCGGACUGAUCGGAGACAGUUUAUUGUCGCAUCUGGAUUAAAGUCUGUCAAUGAAGGGCUCAAGAAUAAGCUUAAAGGAUUGCAGAAACAGUACAGUCUGCAAGCGGCAGACCUGGACAGCCCCCUAGAAAAGGCAAUUCAAACGGUCAAAAGUGUCAUGGCCAAUCCUUCACUGGAUACAUCAACGUUUAAGCAUCUUAGCAAGGUGUUGGGAUGGCUCAGUGAUAGCGAUAGACUUUUCACACCGGAACUGGGAAAACAGCUUAGUGGAGGCUUUAUGGGCUUGGAUCAAGAACAAGAGGCUUGGCUGUUAAACCUACUUCCAGGUCAAAAUAAAGCCUCCCGAAGAGGCCGUCUAGCACGAUCCGCCCGAUCGGACGUUUCCCGUCGAGAUUCCAACGUCCACCCUCCGAUGGAAAAUGUUCUCGAAAUGGUUGACGAGGGAGGAGGCCGUCCCAGUAAAUCUGAGCCUCCAAUACCACGCUUACCUGGCAUGAUCCCGUCGAUGACUACCAGUGAUCAACUUGGGGCGCUUGAAGAAGGUUUAUCGGGUCCUGAUAGAGAAAUGUCAAGAUCACAGUCGUCGGUUCAGUCGGGUGGCAGGCCGUCGGUUGGGUUUCCUAAUUCUUAUCCGCUUCUUGACUUGCCGCAUCUUUUGACGCCCGUUGGGGCACUCAAAGAAAGGGAACUGCGUCGACGGGCUUCACUUGACCGUGGAGAUACAUUUAAGGAAAAUAUCAAAGUGAGAUAUAUGUUAUCGACGGUGGAUCAUUGGUCGUGGUCGAUUUUUGAGUUUGAGGCUCUAACGGGCGGGAGACCAUUAACGGUUUUGGGCAUGCAUUUAAUGCAAGCAGGGGGAUUAGGGGAUCGCUUGAAAAUCCCAAUGGACCGUGUGGCCAGAUUUUUGAGAAAAGUGGAAGCGGUUUAUCGACCGGAAGUACCCUAUCACAAUGCAACGCACGCUGCAGAUGUUUUACAAGCGAUUCACUGUUUUAUCAAAACAUCCACACUCAACCCAACAGACCUCGAAUGUUUUGCAGCCUAUCUAGCGGCGAUCAUCCACGAUCUGGAUCACCCCGGCGUCAACAACAAUUUCCUUAUCGUCACUCAAAACCCCAAAGCAAUCCUCUACAAUGACCGCUCUGUUCUUGAGAACCAUCAUUUGGCGACAGGCUUUAGCAUCAUGCUCAAAGAAGAAAAUAAUAUCCUUGCAGCAUUUUCGACGGAAGAUGCCCGCAAAGUACGGGAACAAGUCAUUGAUAUGGUCAUGGCAACAGAUAUGGCUGGACAUUUUACGACACUGGCCAUGUUUAAAAAUAAGGUCUCUGCUGCAGGAACCUUUGACCCCCAACUGAACCCCGACGACCGAGCCCUCCUCUUUCGAAUGCUCAUCAAAUGCGCAGACGUCUCCAACCUCACCCGAGAAUGGCCAGUCUAUUGUGCCUGGCUAGAUCGUCUUAUCAAGGAAUUUGCUAGUCAAGGGGAUGAAGAGAAACGGUUGGGAUUACCUGUGAGUCCCUAUAUGGAUAGAGAUAAUAUGAAUAUCCCGCAAAGUCAACUUGGAUUUAUUGAAUUCCUUUGUCAACCGAUGCUUGAAACUGUUCACAAGGUAACUCCACUCCAGCCCAUGAUCGACACCCUCAUACGAAAUAAGGAUAUUUUGUUAAAUAUGCGAGAGCGGGAUAACAAGAAAAAGAUGCUUACGUCUCGGUUGAGCUUGAGUUUAAAGUCGGGACAAAAUUCUGUUACGGCGCCGGUGCUACCGUUAGUGCAGGGACAAUCCUGAAGAUGCCUGACAGGAAACCGGUAAAAGAAAGAGGGCGGGAGUGAAUUGGAUGUAUGUUCUUUUUUGCCUUGUAUUUAUUAUGUACUCUUUCGAACGAAUAUUAAUUUUGUUAUGUGCAUUUGAAGACCUGCAG